UCACCCCCACCUCGGGCCACAGGUGAGCCCGGGGCUCCGAGCCUCUCUCGAAAGCCAAAGCCGAAAGCCGAAACUUCCCCUCGCGGGUGCAGGCCACCCCCCCCCCCAGGCCUGGUGGAGAAGCUGGACCGGGCGGCAGAUGAGCACCCCCGUCUCUGCUGCACCAGCGGCGCCGCGGACAGCUCCCCCACGCUGCCGCUCCGGAGCCCAGAGAGGCCGGGGGCCGUUCGGCCGGAGACUGAGCCCCGGGCACCGCCGGGCUCCCGGGUCCCCGCGCCGAGGCUGGGUGAUGGCAAGGAGAGGGCACCGUGUGCUGACUUGGGGUGUUCCAGCAAACUGCUGGCUCCCUCUGCCUCGGAGGGGUGCGCGUGUGCGUGCGUGUGUGUGCGUGUGUCGCGGGGGAGCUCCCCCUCUCCUGCCUCCUCUGCGAGAGCCUGACCUGAGCCCCCCCCCCCGCCUCUCCCGGGCUGCAGCUCGCGGGGUCCGCCUUGGCCCCUCCCCGGGCGGGCGCCCCUGCCCAGGCGGGCCAGGAAGCGUCGGUCCCCGCCCCGCGCGGCUAGGCCCGCAGCCGGGGGACUUUGGAGUCGAGGAGGAAGCGCGGCGGGGCGGGGAGGUGGGGGUGUGUCGGAAGGCGGCGGCGGGGUUUUAUAACCCGCAGGGCGGCCGCGGCGCGGGAGAAGGGGCAGCGCCGCGCACCGCGCACCGCGCCAUGGGGGCCGCGCCGGGCCGUCCCGGGCGGGGGCCGCUGCCGCUGCCGCUGCCGCUGCUGCUGCUGCUGCUGCCGCUGCUCCUGCCGCCGCCGCCGCCCGCCGCCCUGGCGCUCGACCCCGAGCUGCAGCCCGGAAACUUUGCCGCCGACGAGGCCGGGGCGCAGCUCUUCGUGCAGAGCUUCAACUCGAGCGCCGAGCUGGUGAUGUACCAGAGCACCGUGGCCAGCUGGGCGUACGACACCAACAUCACCGAGGAGAACGCGCGGCGCCAGGAGGAAGCGGCCCUGCUCAACCAGGAGUUUGCUGAGGUCUGGGGCCAGAAGGCCAAGGAGCUGUAUGACCCAAUCUGGCAGAACUUCAGCGACCCAGUCCUGCGAAGAGUCAUCAGUGGUGUGCGCACCCUGGGCCCUGCCAACCUGCCUGUGGAAAAGCGUCAGCAGUACAACGCUCUGCUGAGCAACAUGAACAGGAUCUAUUCCACAGCCAGGGUCUGCUUCUACCCCAACAAGACUGCCAUCUGCUGGUCCCUGGACCCAGAGCUCACCCACAUCAUGGCCAUCUCAAGAAACUAUGCCCUGCUGCUCUAUGCCUGGGAGGGCUGGCACAAUGCUGUGGGCACCCCGCUGAAGCCCCUGUACCAGAACUUCACUGUCCUCAGCAAUGAGGCCUACCAGAAGGAUGGCUUCUCAGACACAGGGGCCUACUGGCGCUCCUGGUAUGAGUCGCCCACCUUCGUGGAGGAUCUGGAGCACCUCUACCAUCAAGUAGAGCCCCUCUACCUGAACCUCCAUGCCUACGUCCGCCGCGCACUGCACCGCCGAUAUGGAGACAGAUACAUCAACCUCAGGGGGCCCAUCCCGGCUCACCUGCUGGGGGACAUGUGGGCCCAGAGCUGGGACAACCUCUAUGACAUGAUGGUGCCUUUCCCCGACAAGCCCAGUCUCGAUGUUACCAGCACUAUGGUGCGCAAGGGUUGGAACACUACGCACAUGUUCCGGGUGGCAGAGGAGUUCUUCACCUCCCUAGGGCUCUCGCCCAUGCCUCCUGAGUUUUGGGCAGGGUCCAUGCUGGAGAAACCAACCGACGGGCGUGAGGUGGUGUGCCAUGCCUCUGCCUGGGACUUCUACAACAGGAGAGACUUCAGGAUCAAGCAGUGCACGCGGGUUACAAUGGACCAGCUGUCCACGGUGCACCACGAGAUGGGCCAUGUGCAAUACUAUCUGCAGUACAAGGAGCAGCCUGUCUCCCUGCGCCAAGGGGCCAACCCCGGCUUCCAUGAGGCCAUUGGGGAUGUGUUGGCGCUCUCUGUCUCCACUCCUGCACAUCUUUACAAAAUUGGCCUGCUGGACAAUGUCAGCAAUGACAUAGAAAGUGACAUCAAUUUCUUGUUAAAGAUGGCACUGGAAAAAAUUGCCUUCCUGCCCUUCGGCUACUUGGUAGACCAGUGGCGUUGGGGGGUCUUUAGUGGGCGUACCCCCCCUUCCCGCUACAACUUUGACUGGUGGUAUCUUCGAACCAAGUAUCAGGGGAUCUGUCCUCCAGUUGCCCGAAAUGAAACCCACUUUGACGCCGGAGCUAAGUUUCACGUCCCAAAUGUGACACCAUACAUCAGGUACUUCGUCAGUUUUGUCCUGCAGUUCCAGUUCCAUCAAGCCCUGUGCAAGGAGGCAGGCCACCAGGGCCCGCUGCACACGUGUGACAUCUACCAGUCUACCCAGGCGGGGGCCAAGCUCCGGGAGGCACUGCGGGCAGGCUCCUCAAGGCCCUGGCAGGACGUGCUCAGGGAGGCGAUUGGCUCAGACACCCUGGACGCUCAACCACUGCUCGACUACUUCCAGCCCGUCAGCCGAUGGCUGCAGGAGCAGAACAAGCGCAACGGCGAGGUGCUGGGAUGGCCAGAAUACCAGUGGCGGCCACCGAUGCCCAACAAUUACCCACAGGACAUUGGCCUGGUGACCGAUGAAGUUGAGGCCAGAAGGUUUGUGGAGGAAUAUGACCGGAGAUCGCUCGUGAUAUGGAAUGAAUAUGCUGAGGCUAACUGGAACUAUAACACCAACAUCACCACAGAGACCAGCAAGAUCCUGCUGCAGAAGAACAUACAGAUGGCAAACCACACCUUCAAGUUUGGCACCUGGGCCAGGCAGUUUGACGUGACUAACUUCCAAAAUGCGAGCAUCAAGCGAAUGAUAAAGAAAAUUCAGGACCUAGAACGGGCAGCGCUCCCUGCCAAGGAGCUGGAAGAGUACAACAAGAUCCUGCUGGACAUGGAAACCACUUACAGCGUGGCCUCUGUGUGCCACACCAACGGCACUUGUCUGCAGCUGGAGCCUGAUCUGACGAAUCUGAUGGCCACAUCCCGGAAAUAUGAAGAUCUGCUGUGGGCCUGGAAGAGCUGGCGAGAAAAAGUGGGGAGAGCAAUCCUCCCUUUUUUCCCCAAGUACGUGGAACUUGCCAACAAGGCUGCCCGGCUCAACGGCUACGAAGAUGCAGGUGACUCCUGGAGAGCCAUGUAUGAGAUGCCAUCCCUGGAGCAAGACCUGGAGCAGCUUUACCAGGAGCUGCAGCCACUCUACCUGAACCUCCAUGCCUACGUGCGCCGGGCCCUGCACCGCCACUACGGGCCCCAGCACAUCAACCUGGAGGGCCCCAUUCCGGCUCACCUGCUGGGGAACAUGUGGGGUCAGACGUGGUCCAACAUCUAUGACUUGGUGGUACCCUUCCCUUCAGCCCCCAAGAUAGAUGCCACAGAGGCCAUGAUAAAGCAGGGCUGGACUCCCAAAAGGAUGUUUGAAGAAGCGAACAAUUUCUUCACCUCCCUGGGGCUGUUGCCUGUGCCCUUUGAGUUCUGGAAUAAGUCAAUGCUGGAGAAGCCGACUGAUGGGCGGGAAGUAGUGUGCCAUGCCUCCGCCUGGGACUUCUACAAUGGCAAGGACUUCAGGAUCAAGCAGUGCACCACUGUGAACAUGGAGGACCUGGUGGUGGCCCAUCACGAGAUGGGCCACAUACAGUAUUUCAUGCAGUACAAGGACUUGCCUGUGACCUUCCGGGAGGGCGCCAACCCUGGCUUUCAUGAGGCCAUUGGAGAUGUGUUGGCACUUUCCGUGUCUACCCCCAAGCACCUCCACAGCAUCAACCUGCUGAGUAGCGAGAGCGGUGGCUACGAGCAAGACAUCAAUUUUCUAAUGAAGAUGGCGCUUGACAAGAUAGCCUUUGUGCCCUUCAGCUACCUGGUUGACCAGUGGCGCUGGAGGGUAUUUGAUGGAAGCAUCGCCAAGGAGAACUACAACCAGGAGUGGUGGAACCUCAGGCUGAAGUACCAGGGCCUCUGCCCCCCAGUGGCCCGUUCUCAAGGGGACUUUGACCCAGGGGCCAAGUUCCAUGUUCCUUCAAGUGUGCCUUAUAUCAGGUACUUUGUUGGCUUUGUCAUUCAGUUCCAAUUCCAUGAGGCUCUGUGUCAGGCAGCUGGCCAUAAGGGCCCCUUGCACACAUGUGACAUCUACCAAUCUAAGGAGGCAGGGAAGCGCCUGGAGGAUGCCAUGAAACUGGGCUUCAGUAAGCCGUGGCCGGAAGCCAUGAAGCUGAUCACGGGCCAGUCCAACAUGUCUGCAUCAGCCAUGAUGAACUACUUCAAGCCGCUGCUGGACUGGCUGCUCACUGAGAACGGGCGGCACGGGGAGAAGCUGGGCUGGCCUCAGUACAACUGGACGCCAAACUCUGCUCGCUCGGAAGGCCCCUUACCGGGCACCGGCCGCGUCAACUUCCUGGGCCUCGAUCUGGAGGAGCAGCAGGCCCGCGUGGGCCAGUGGGUGCUGCUCUUCCUGGGCGUCGCCCUGCUGGUGGCCACCUUGGGCCUCACCCAGCGGCUCUUCAGCAUCCGCCACCACAGCCUCCGCCGGCCCCACCGAGGGCCCCAGUUUGGCUCCGAGGUGGAGCUGAGACACUCCUGAGAUGACCGAUGACCGGGCCGGGCCUGCCGGGGAGCGUCCGCCACCGAGAGACCCGACCGGGGGCUCGGGGCCGUGGGCUGAGGACCCACCACUCCUCUCACGGCUCACCCCAGCGCGCCCGCCUCCUGUCACCCCGUCCCUCCUCACCACGCCUCGAAUCCUGUGCUGACGAUCCGCCCUCCGGACCACAAACCCCCGUGGCCCCUGCCCCCGAGUCCCCGGGCAGCAGGCCACCUAACAUGGAGCCCCCUCCCAGUCUCUCUGCGAAUACAAUUAAAGGACCUGCCUCCCC